GACCCGUCUCAGCUGAAGUUUGUGACAGUCACCUGAUCGAAACAAACGCAUGAUCAGGGAGGCGUAUGGCAAAUUAGUUUGCUUUUCUGUCUUUAGCAGUGCUGUCAAAUUGGGUUUUUGAUUGAGCAUGGUUUGAAACAACAUCUUAAGGAGCAGUUUAACAUGCCUCGUAUCAGCUAACGACAUUUGUGUGAACUCCACAGAAAGCAGCUGGCAGUCUCGUCCAUCGAGUCUGUGAAGUUGGUCUUCAUCAAAUCUUCACCAUGCCUCUGUCAGCAGCCGUCAUCAGUGGAGUGCAGAAAUUGGUUCUGUACGAAACUAGAGCCAGGUAUUUCCUUGUGGGGAGCAAUCACGCCCAAACCAAACACCGUGUUCUGAAAAUCGACCGCACUGAGCCCAAGGACCUGGCGAUUAUUGAUGAUAAGCAUGUCUACAAUCAGCAGGAGGUGAGAGAGCUCCUGGGACGUCUGGAUCUGGGCAACCGCACCAAGAUGGGCCAGAAGGGCUCCUCAGGUCUGUCCAGAGCUGUGUCAGCCUAUGGCAUCGUGGGCUUUGUCCGAUUCCUUGAGGGUUAUUACCUCGUGUUGAUCACCAAGCGGAGGAAGAUGGCCGACAUUGGUGGUCACUCCAUAUACAAGAUAGAGGAUACUAACAUGAUCUACAUCCCCAAUGACUCAGUGAGGGUGACACAUCCUGACGAGGCCAGAUACGUGAGGAUCUUUCAGAAUGUGGACCUGUCCAGUAACUUCUACUUCAGCUACAGCUAUGACCUGAGCCACUCCCUGCAGUACAACCUGACGCUGCUGCAUAGCCCGUGUGACCCGGGCACAGUGGAGGAGGUGCACACACGGAGCAGCAGACAGCAGGACAGCUUCGACAUCUUCGAGGACGAGGGCCUGCCCACACAAGUGUUCCACGGCCUCCAGAGUGAACCGUACGCCAAGUACGUGUGGAACGGCAAGCUCCUGGAGCGCGUCAAGGACACGGUGCAUCCUGAUUGGCUCAUGUACAUCAUCCAUGGCUUCUGUGGCCAGUCCAAGCUCCUGAUCUACGGUCGUCCGGUUUAUGUCACCCUCAUCGCCAGGCGCUCCAGUAAAUUCGCUGGCACCCGCUUCCUCAAGAGAGGAGCCAACUGCGAGGGCGACGUAGCCAAUGAGGUGGAGACUGAGCAGAUCAUCCACGAUGCGUCGGUGAUGUCAUUCACGGCGGGGAGUUACUCUUCGUACGUUCAGGUCAGGGGUUCCGUUCCCCUCUAUUGGUCCCAGGACAUCUCCACCAUGAUGCCUAAACCACCUAUACGAUUGGACCAGGCCGACCCCUAUGCCCAUGUAGCUGCCCUCCAUUUUGACCAGAUGCUCCAGCGGUUUGGCUCGCCCAUCAUCAUCCUCAACCUCGUCAAGAAAAGAGAGAAGAGAAAGCAUGAGAAGAUCCUCAGUGAGGAGCUCUUCCCAGCUGUAAUCAACCUCAACCAGUUCCUCCCUCCAGAACACUGCAUCGACUACAUCGCCUGGGACAUGGCCCGAUACACCAAGAGUAAGCUGUAUAACGUGCUGGACCGUCUUAGUAUGAUAGCAGAGAACGUGGUCAAGAGGACCGGCUUCUUCAUCAACCGCUCUGACUUCUUCUGCCACACCCUGAGACCAGACGAGAGGUGGGGAGAUCUUGGGGGAAGUCUCACCUCAAGUGGGCGUGUCCAGACAGGUGUGUUGAGGACGAACUGUGUGGACUGCCUGGACCGUACUAACACGGCCCAGUUCAUGGUGGGGAAGUGUGCUCUGGCCUAUCAGCUCUACGCUCUGGGCAUGAUUGACAAGCCCAAGCUGCAGUUCGACACGGACUGUGUUAGGCUGUUUGAGGAGCUGUAUGAAGACCAUGGGGACACCCUGUCUCUGCAGUACGGGGGCUCCCAACUGGUCCACAGGGUGAAGACCUACCGGAAGAUAGCCCCCUGGACACAGCACUCCAAAGACAUCAUGCAGACCCUGUCCCGUUACUAUAGCAACGCUUUCUCAGAUGCAGACCGGCAGGAUGCCAUCAACCUGUUUCUGCAGGUGUACCAGCCAUCAGAGUCUAAGCCUCACCUCUGGGAGCUGCCCACUGACUUCUAUCUGCACCAGAGGAACUCUAUGGCACUGACCCACGACAGGCGCAGCUAUACGUACUGGUGGUCGGAGGGGAUCUUAUCCUACCUGCCUCUGCCCUAUGAUGAAGUUCCCUGUGAGGAGAAUAUGAAGAAGGUAGGGGUGAGGAGAGUGAACCGUUACGACGAGAGCAUCGAUACCUACACAGAGUUCUUCAAACCCUACGAACUCACCUCCUUUGACGACACCUUCUGCAUAGCUAUGACCAACUCUGCACGGGAGUUGAUGCCCAAGACAGUAGGAGUGGACCCCAGCCCCUUCACUGUGCGCAAGCCAGAGGAGACUGGGAAAUCUGCUGUGAUUGGUGCUAAGAGCAGUAAGGAGGAGACGGUGGUCCAGAGGAAGACAGCAGCCAGCGCCCCCCCACCCCCCAGCGAGGAACAGAUCUCCAGCAGCUCAGAGGACGACUCCGAGGACGACCGCGACGAUGACGGAUCAGUGUCCCAACGCUCCACCCCCAUCAAACUACUGACCGAGUCUGGGGAGAGCGUCCGCACUCAGGAGGACUUCCUGCAACAGUCCAUGAGGGAAACCUAUGGACUCAACCUGGCCGCGCUCCCUGCCGAGGAGGACAUGCUCAUAUAUGAGAGGUUUGCCUAUCUGGGCCAGAACCAGCACAAGUUGGAGAGAACCGAACCCUCAGUCCUGGAGAACGCCAUCAACGUUGUUCCUGUGUCAUGCUUUACGACUGACAGUAUAUACGAGGUGUCGUCUCCGCAGGUGGACAGGGACAACAGGGAGGUGUUUGAGGGCCACGUGCUAACUGGCCUUGGCCAGGUGAGAUCACUGUGCCGAGAGGACAUACUCAUGUACAGAGAGUACAUCAAGAACAGGUACAUGUGAUGUGAGCGGCGCCGUAACCAUAGAAAUAGAAUGAAUAGAAUGGUCAUCCCCAUUAAAGUCAAUGAUGGCACAAGGGGUGGACUGGUGGCCAUUGCGAGUGUACCCAUAGGAGCAAAGCAGGAAGUAAAAGCAGGAAGUGUGCCAUCAAUCUGUGAUGUGAUCUGUUAAAUCAACUGACAUGACAAAAAAAUACAUUCCAUUGUAAGAUCCACAUCAGUUAGCAUCAUUUGAAUGAACAUUCUACAUUACCAUGGAAAUGAUUGAAUCACCAGGCAGCCAAUACAAGUGUACCCAUGAGUUUACCAGUCAUAUUGCCAGGAUCAGAGAUUCCAAGCCUGUUCUAUUCAUUCUAUUUCUAUUGCCAUAACCACAUCUCAACCAUGGAGCAACCAUCGAUCAACCACAUCUCAACGUUGGAUCAACCACGCUCUUGACCACAGCCCCAUUACCUGCAAGGAGAGUGGAUUGUAGUUUCAUGGUAUACAGUGGACUCCCAAUCAAAGGCUUCUCAGGCUGAUGAGAGGACCGUUAGGGACUGUUUCCAGAAGAGGCAGGAAAAUAUUCCUAGUCUGUUUUAUGACUUCAUAUUUUUCAGUAGUUAUUUUAGAGUGACAGCAGUAAAGGAUGAAAACAGGUUAUUCAUUUCAGUUAUUUUAGUCAUGAUCGUGUAUGGCUUCCAAGGUUAAACAAGUGUUUAAUUGUUUUCUUUUUCUCUCUCAUGCCAUUUUAAACACAUCACUGCUUUUUUUAAUAUAGCUUUUGAGUUUUACACACAUUUACCACAGCUGUCGUUUUUUCUGUUUGGAUGUUGGACAAAAUAAACUUAUCAUGUUUAAAAAACUAAUUGAUUUAAUUCCAUUUCAUAUAAAUAAUGAAGAUUAUGAUUUUCAUUGUUUUGCACCUUUUAUUUUGCUUUUUUAAUUGUCUUUAAUUUAUUUUGUUUAGGAUAACUGCCUAUCUAAAUACUGAGGGUGAAUAAGUGUGUAGCGCCAUAUUAAACUUGUAUAUUUAUUAAAUGUCAUGUAAAUGUAAA